CGCCUGACGGCAGCAACUCCAUUUCAGAUUUCAGAUUAAGAAUUCUGUCAGCAUUUCUGCAAGAAGCUGACUGGUUUUACCUGACUUCAGGUCUCUUGAAUAAAAACCUUGUCAUAUGAAAGUUUCAUUAAAUAUUGCAAACGUAUAUGGUGCGGCAGAUUGGUGUUACAUCAAAUACUACAGUGAAAACUGUUGAUUUCCCCUUUUCGAAUCGCCAACGGCCUCCUCCUCAACUUAGUCCACCGUGUGAAUGCUCUGUUGGUACAAAUGCCCUUGCCUUUCAGUAUCUCCUUACCCUUAUCACAUCAACUGUGUUAGAACUUUGAACUCUCUCUCUCUCUCUCUCUCUGUAUUUUUUUUCAUGGAUCCUCUGUUUCUCAUCCUACUCUCUUUUGCCAUCAUAUCUCCAACUUCAUCUUCAACCUCCGACUCGUUGCGUGAAGGUUCAUCCCUCUCUAUAGAGAAACCUGAAGAUGUUCUGGUUUCAGCCGGAGGUGUUUUCACCGCCGGCUUCCAUCAAGUUGGAAACAACUCAUAUUGCUUCGCCAUUUGGUUCAACGAGCCAUCAUCAUCGUCACCGGACUCUCACCAGAAUCUUACCAUAGUUUGGAUGGCAAAUCGUGACCAACCAGUCAACGGGAAGCGUUCAAAGCUUACACUCCAAAGAACUGGUAAUCUCAUCUUAACUGAUGCUGCUCAAUCUCACGUUUGGACCACAACCACCAACUCACUCUCCCCUGCCGGCUUAAGCCUCCACGACUCCGGUAAUCUGGUUCUGCAUAAUCUAAACACGAAGGUUGUUCUAUGGCAGAGCUUUGAUUCUCCAACUGACACCCUACUUCCACUCCAACCAUUCACCAGAACCGCCACCCUUAUCUCCACCAGAAGCCAUAGCAACUUCUCCUCUGGCUUCUAUAAGCUCUUCUUCGAUAAUGAUAACCUUCUCCGGCUACUCUUUGAUGGCCCUGAGAUUUCUAGUGUCUACUGGCCCAACCCUGCUUAUGUGAGCUGGGAUAAUGCAAGGUCUACUUACAACAGCAGUAGAACUGCCUUGCUUGAUUCCUUGGGCAGUUUUGUGUCUUCAGACAAUAUGACUUUUCUUGCAGCCGAUUAUGGUGCUAAGUGGCAGAGGAGAUUGACUAUUGAUUUUGAUGGAAAUGUUCGAUUGUAUAGUCGGAAAAUGCCCGGAGAGAGUUGGGUAGUUUCAUGGCAGGCCUUUUCAGACCCUUGUGUGAUUCAUGGAAUUUGUGGAGCUAACAGUGUCUGUAGCUAUGAUCCUAGUUCUGGUAGGAAAUGCUCAUGCCUUCCAGGUUAUCAGAUGCAAAAUCAUACUGACUGGUCUCUUGGGUGUCAACCGGAGUUUCAGUUCUCUUAUGGAGAAGGCGAGUCUCUUUUUCAGCAACUUUCCCAAAUUGAGUUCUAUGGUUACGAUUACAAUGAGUACCAAAGUUACAGCUAUGGUGAUUGCGAGAAAAGAUGCUUGGAACUGGAUAACUGCAAGGGGUUUCAGUACACAUUUGCUUCUGGUGUUUAUAAUUGUAAUCCCAAGACGCAGUUGCUAAGUGGGCACAGGUGGAACACUCAAGGUUACUUCUAUCUGAGACUGCCCAAGGCUCACUUCUUCUCUAGCAUAGACAUGCAGCCCCCGACGAAUCUAGGGCUUAGUUGCAUGGGAGUAGUAGUUGAUCUCAAGAGGGAGUAUAUUAAAAAUCGAGUCAGUAAGCCGGUGAAAUUCCUGCUCUGGUUUGCCUGUGGAGUUGGGGUUGUUGAAGUCAUUUGCAUUAUUUUGGUUUGGGGUUUGUUGAGUAGUACAUUCUCAAAAUCAAAUGAGGAUAUUCAUGGCUACCUUCUUACUGCAACGGGGUUCAAAAUGUUUAGCUACGCUGAGCUCAAGACUGCAACGCGGGGUUUUAGUGAAGAAGUUGGAAGAGGUGCAGGAGGAGUUGUUUACAAAGGUGUAUUGGCUGAUCAGCGAGUGGCUGCGAUUAAGGUGCUCAAUGAAGCUAACCAAGGGGAAGCAGAAUUUCUUGCAGAAGCUAGCACUAUUGGGAAGGUGAAUCAUAUGAACUUGAUAGAGAUGUGGGGAUAUUGCUCAGAGGGAAAGCACAGAAUUCUUGUUUAUGAGUACAUGGAGCAUGGUUCCUUGGCACAAAAGUUAGCUUCCAAUGUGCUAGAUUCGGAGAAGAGGUUUGAGAUUGCUGUGGGCACUGCAAAGGGUCUAGCUUAUUUGCAUGAAGAGUGCUUAGAGUGGGUUUUACAUUGUGAUGUUAAGCCUCAAAACAUAUUGCUGGACUCCAAUUACCAACCAAAAGUUGCAGAUUUUGGCCUCUCCAAGCUACUUAACAGAGACGAGCUCAAGAAUUCAAGCUUUUCGAGGAUACGAGGAACCAGAGGUUACAUUGCUCCGGAGUGGGUGUAUAAUCUUCCCAUUACAUCCAAAGUGGAUGUGUACAGCUAUGGAGUGGUUGUGUUGGAGAUGGUGACCGGAAGGAAUCCGACAAUGGAUGUGGAAAGCAGUAAUGGUGAGCAAAGAAGACUAACUAUGUGGUUGAGGGACAAAUUAAAUGAAACCGAUAUUGGUUCCAGGAUGGGAGAGAUCAUAGACCCCUCAUUUGCAGGGAAAUACGAUGUAGAGAAGAUGGAGAUUCUGCUAAGGGUAGCCCUACAUUGUGUGGAAGAAGACAGAGACUCAAGACCAACCAUGAGUCAAGUAGUUGAGAGGCUUCUAGUGCACGGCAAAGAGUCUCAGUGACAAUGAAUUU